UUUGCUCUUUGACAGUUGCAUCAGCGCACCAACCUACGGAGUCUCCAUCUCCCUCCCGAAGUCGGAAACCUCUCUCUCUCCCCCCCAACGUUCUGAUUCAGAUUUCCAGAGAGAUUCCUCGGCGGCGGUGUUAGGGCACGAACAACGGGGGAAGGAUGCAAAGCACGGCGGCGUUCUCUCUCUGUCCGUCGUUCCCUCUCCUCAAAUCACGGAGGCUCUCGCAUCACCAUUCGCCGAAUAACCCUAGGUUCGAUAUCUCUUCCUCUUCCCGGCACCACGAUCUGAGCGUUUCUCCCAAUGUUGUCUCUGUGCCGUCUGUGCCUCGCCGAUCAUGGCGUUUCUGCUCACCUGAUUUACCACGCCGGUCGUGGUCCUGCGUCCCGCUGUUUUCUCCCUCUCCCGAGUCGAGGCGGUUCGAGACAAAGGCCGCGGCCGUUCCGGAGAGCGCUGGAGAAGGAGAGCAGAGUGGUGGGUUGGUGAAGACGCUCGAGCUCGCGUUGUUGUUCGCUCUCUGGAUCCUUUUCAAUAUCUACUUCAACAUCUACAACAAGCAGGUUCUGAAGGCUUUCCAAGUUCCCAUGACUGUCAGUCUGGCUCAAUUCGCAGUCGGCAGUGUGCUCGUUAUGUUCAUGUGGACCUUCAACUUGUACCAGAGGCCUAAGCUAUCUGGUGCCCAGUUGGCGGUGAUCCUUCCACUUGCAGUUGUGCACACUCUUGGUAAUCUUUUUACUAACAUGAGUCUCGGGAAAGUUGCUGUCUCAUUCACUCACACCAUCAAAGCCAUGGAGCCAUUUUUCUCGGUUCUGUUGUCCGCUAUGUUUCUAGGGGAGUCGCCUACUCCUUGGAUAGUUGGUUCCCUUGUACCAAUUGUUGGUGGAGUUGCUCUUGCAUCAGUGACAGAGGCCUCUUUCAACUGGGCUGGCUUUUGGAGUGCAAUGGCGUCAAACUUGACUAACCAAUCCCGUAAUGUCCUGAGCAAGAAAGUCAUGGUUAAGAAAGAGGAAUCUUUGGACAACAUCAACUUGUUCUCUAUCAUAACAAUAAUGUCUUUCUUCCUGAUGGCACCUGUGACUUUCUUCACAGAAGGGAUCAAGUUUACUCCUGCAGCUAUCCAGUCAGCCGGCCUGAAUCUUAAGCACAUCUAUAUGAAGUCUCUUCUUGCUGCACUCUGUUUUCAUGCAUACCAACAGGUGUCCUACAUGAUACUGCAGAGAGUAUCACCAGUGUCACAUUCUGUGGGUAACUGUGUCAAACGUGUGGUGGUUAUCGUGAGCUCGGUUAUCUUCUUCCGAACACCCGUCUCACCUGUUAAUGCUCUCGGGACCGGGAUAGCACUUGCCGGAGUCUUUUUGUACUCGAGGGUGAAGCGUUUGAAGCCAAAGCCUAAGGCCGCUUAGUAGUAGUUACUGCUCUUACGAGGUAUUCUUGCGCACAAAUUCUACAGAGAUGGUUGCAGAUUAUCCAUCCCAAUAGUUAGUUCAGUAUUUGUUGGGUUCGAUUCGGGAAAAGGUUAAUUCAGUUUCAUGAAAAUUGUAUCAAACUCGAAUCGAAUGUUAAUUGGUUCGGUUCGGAACAGUUUUGUUAUAUGAAUAUCAAAUAAGAACCGAAAUUUGAUACUCACACAUAUUUGUAUAUAAAGUUGUAUAAUUCGAAUUUUGGUUUGGUUCUUA